AUGGCUCAGGGGCUAGCGUUGCGGGAGGCAGCGAAGAAAACUGACCCGGUCAACCGCCCCUACCCGUCAGUAGCUACCGUGGAAGACGACGCGCUGGAGAGCGCAUGCGUGCUCCGAGGGCUCGCGUGCAGGGAAGUGCACGCUGCGCAGGGCGGGCUUAUGAGCGGGGGCGGGGCGCGGACGGGGCCGAUGACCUCCAGGGCGGGUCGCCGGCUCCUGCCCGGUUCAAUCUGCGCCGACGCGGCGGCUGGAUCCCGGGGACUCCCCGCGCCGGGAAUCUCCCGCCAGCUGCGCGCAGCGUCCCGGCGACGGCAGGAGCACGUGGAGUGGCCCGGGAGCCAGAGCAGCAGCUGCAGCCCAGCCCAGCCCGGCGGCGACAUGGAAGAUACACCACCAAAUGUGGAACUGAAAAGUACUCAAGAGCAGUCUGUGUCUACAGAAGGCCCAGUGAUUUUGAAUGACUACAAUUUAACCAAACCUCAUGAAAUAGAAAAUGUGGACAGUGCAGAAGGCCCAUCCAAUGAAGAUGAAGAUACAGGAGAUGAUUCAAUGAAAGUGAAAGAUGAAUACAGUGAGAGGGAUGAGAAUGUUUUAAAGCCAGAGCCCAUGGGAAGUGCAGAAGAGCCUGAACUUCCUUACAGCUAUUCAAGAGAAUAUAAUGACUAUGAAAACAUUAAGUUGGAGAGACAUGUUGUCUCCUAUGAUGGUAGCAGGCCAAGCAGUGGAAAAAUGAACUGUGAUGUGUGUGGAUUAUCCUGCAUUAGCUUCAAUGUCUUAAUGGUUCAUAAGCGGAGCCACACUGUGGAGAAACCCUACAAGUGUGAGUUCUGCGGAAGGAGUUACAAACAGAGGAGUUCCCUGGAGGAGCAUAAGGAACGUUGCCGUACGUUUCUUCAGAGCACUGAGUUAGGAGAAUCCGGUGAGUACUGGUUGGGAUGGGUCGGGCUUUCCCAUCUCAGCAUAAGACUGCAAGAUUUGAAUGUGCCCCUGUGCCGGUUUCACUGA